AUGGCUUUUGCGACUCAACCAAGCGAAGAGAUUAUAGGCGAUGAGUCGAAUUUGAAUCUUGAGUCAGGGAAUGGCUCUGAAGAACUCAAGCUUGAAGAAGCUGCUACAAAGGUUCAAUCUGCUUUCAGAGCUCAUCAGGCUCUUGGAGAAUUGCAAACACUUAAAGGUAUUGUAAAGCUGCAAGCUGUUAUCCGUGGUCAUUUGGUUAGAAGACAAGCUGUUGCUACUUACUCAAGCAUUUGGGGAAUUGUGAAGUUUCAAGCACUUGUUCGUGGGAAGAAUGCUAGAUGUUCAGACACCGGGGUUCAAUUUCAGAAAACUAAUACGGAAACUGAGAAUUCUGAAACUUUGCAAGGAAGCACAUACAGUUGGCUUGGAAAUCCCACAAAGCUCUCCAUGAUUGAUAAGAUUCUGGUUUCGUCACCAACGACAUCGCCUCUGAAGAUCCAAUAUGGUCCUGAAGAUCCUAACUCAGCCAGGAUGUGGGUUGAACGCUGGACGCAUUUGCGAGUUUGGGCUCCUGGUCCACUGGUCAUUAAGAGUCUGGUAUCAAAACCUCAGACAAAGAAGCGAAGUUUCCAAGCAGUUGAAUCGGACAAGGGAAAACUUAAGAAAGGAGCUAUCAAGAAACCAUCUGGUGGUUCAAAUACUGGAAGUAGCUCUAGUAGCCGUUCUACAGCUGAAAAUGAGAAGCCUAAACGAACUGUGAGAAAGGCUUCCACACUUGGUAAAGAGCUUUCAAGAAUCGAGAAUGACAAGCCUAAGCAGAGUUCAAGAAAAAGUACCAGCGCCAUAAAGGAAGGCUCUUUGUUGGAGGUUAAAGAUGAGAAGCCUAGAAUUAGUCUUAAAAAGGCUCCACUCUCUAAUGGGCUAGAGAAACCUACCCGUAAAUCGGCUGAGAAGAAGAAAGAGAUUGCAAAUCCAGUCCAGAAAGAGUUGUCUGGGGACAAGGUUUCAGCCACUGUAGUUGAUGCUCCCGAAGAGGAAAAGAUGAAAGAUUCCCCUGAAACUGUUACGAAAGAAGCUGAUCUCGAUAAAGAUGAGAAAUCAGUGGUUCUGGAUAACCCGGAGCAAGAGGAAUUCAAACCCGCAGAGAGAAGCGAUAAAGCUGAAGAAGAGAUCCAAGAACCAGACGUGGAGAUAAGCUCUGAGAAUGGACAUGUUGCUUCUGAAAACACAAAGCCAAGCGAUAGACGAGCUUCGCUGCCUGCAAUGAUCGAGAAUCAUCAUCAAGAUGAUGGACUUGCACAUAGCGGACAAAAAAUCCCAAGCUAUAUGGCUCCAACUGCAUCUGCAAAGGCAAGAAUAAGAGGACAAGGAUCUCCAAGAAUUACUCUAGAGAAGCCAGAGAAAAACGGGACAACACGGCGCCAUUCUCUUCCUCCUGCGGCAGCCAAUGGUAAGCUGAGUACAAUGUCUCCAAGAGCCCACAGACUUCUCAUAGCUUCAGCCAAAGGAUCAAUGAACAGUGACAGAUCUUUUUCGUCUUCCAAGGACAUUGGUGAAAAAUCAGGGAAAGCUGAAUGGAAACGGUGA